AAAGCUGCCGGAAAAAUAAAUAUAAAAUGGAAAAGGCAGUGGAUAACUCAGUCAGGACCUUUAUGGACAUGAUGCGAGUGCCAGUGCUGUUUUACAGGACCAUUGGCGAGGAUAUCUACGCAUAUCGAUCCACAAAUCCUUUGAAAUCGCUUCUGCUCAAGAUCUACCUAUAUGCGGGAUUUAUCAACUUCAAUUUACUUGUGAUCGGUGAGCUGGUGUUUUUCUACAAGUCAUUGCAGGACUUUGAAACCAUUCGUUUGGCCAUUGCCGUGGCUCCCUGCAUUGGAUUUUCACUGGUUUCCGAUUUUAAGCAAGCCGCCAUGAUGACUGGCAAGGAGUCGUUGAUAAUGCUGCUCGAGGACCUGGAGGACAUGCAUCCGAAGACCCAGCAAAAACAGAAAGCAUACAAAUUGUUGGACUUUGAAAAGACUAUGAAACGUGUGAUCAAUAUCUUCACGUUUCUCUGCUUGGCAUAUACGACCACAUUUUCAUUUUAUCCGGCAAUUAAGGCCUCGGUAAAGUUUAAUUUUCUUGGUUACGACACCUUUGAUCGGAACUUCGGUUUCCUCAUCUGGUUUCCCUUCGAUGCCACGAGCAAUAAUUUAAUUUACUGGAUCACAUACUGGGAUAUAGCUCAUGGAGCUUAUUUAGCGGGCAUAGCUUUUCUCUGCGCGGAUCUUCUGCUCGUUGUGGUCAUUACACAGAUCUGUAUGCACUUCAGUUAUAUAUCCCGGCGUUUGGAGGAGCAUCCUUGUAAAUCGGACGAGGACAGAGAGAAUAUAGAGUUUCUCGUUGGCAUUAUCAGGUAUCACGACAAGUGUCUUAAACUCUGCGAACGCGUAAACGAUAUUUACAGCUUCUCGAUCCUCUUAAAUUUCUUGAUGGCCUCGAUGCAGAUAUGUUUUAUAGCCUUUCAGGUCACCGAGUCCACCGUUGAAGUUAUCAUUAUCUACUGCAUAUUCCUGAUGACCUCGCUAGUACAAGUAUUUUUAGUGUGCUACUAUGGCGACAUGUUGAUUGCCGCGAGCCUGAAAGUGGGCGAUGCUGCCUACAAUCAGAAGUGGUUCCAGUGCAGCAAAACCUAUUGCAGCAUGUUGAAGCUACUAAUUCUGCGAAGUCAGAAGCCCGCUUCAAUAAGACCGCCUACACUUCCACCCAUUUCCUUGGUUACCUAUAUGAGGGUCAUCAGCAUGUCGUAUCAGUUUUUUGCCUUACUGAGGACCACAUACAGCGAUAAUUGAAUAAUCA